AUGGCGUCCUUUUGGAGAGAGGUCAUUCUCACAAGCUCUCCCAACCAUCCGAUCACCGCCCUCGAUCCGCUCACCGGAACCAUCCGCGCCCGCUUCUCCGGCAGCCACACCCCUCGGAAGGGCCUGACGCUCGUCGGUGACGCCCUCAUCGCCGCCUCCCACGUCUCUGCCACCGCCUCGGGCUUCAUUCGAUUGUACGACCGGUGGACCUCCAACUUGGUGCACUGCCUGCCAACGCCUGAGCCGGUGGCCUCCCUCGUCGCGACUCCAGACGGAUCGUACCUCUUUUCCGGUGGCCUCUCGGGCUUUGUUCACGCUCUCAUUCUUCCCUCCGGUGAUCUCCUGCGCUCGUUUCGUGCCCACCGCCAGCCUGUCUCCUGUUUGACUGUCAACGACGACGGCUCGCUUCUGAUCUCAGGUGGUGAUGACGGCACGAUUGUAGUGUUCCCCAUAAUUCGACUGCUGGAUGCCGCUUCCGGCGAUGAUGAUUCCGCCCAACUUGCGCUGUGCCGGUUCGCUGCACACGACUUGUCGGUGACCGGUGUCUCUUCCAGACCAGGCGGCUGCAAUGCGACCAUGGUUUCGAGCUCCCUCGAUGGCACAUGUAAGCUUUGGAGAAUAACAGAUGGCAGCCAUCUACGAACCGUGAAGUUCCCGUGUCCAAUGUGGUGUACCGUCAUGGAGCCCACAAGCUCUCACAUCUACGCCGGAGGAGCAGAUGGGAGAGUGUACGCGGUGCCGCUGGUGGCCAGGCGACGUCGAACACCACUCGACGAGGCAGAUGUUACGGCGUGGGAAGCAGAGCAGAGCGGAGCAGUGACGGCACUGGCGAUGGCAAACGGGAACCAGAAUCUAGUCUCAGCUUCAGAAGAGGGGCUCAUAACUAUCUGGGAGACGGAGCACGGAUCGAUCGUACGAUGCUUUGGGCAUGAAGGCGGAAGCAUCGGAGAUCUCCUGGUGGCCGGAGGAGGAGCUACUGGAUUCAGAGCAGCUCGUAAUGGAGAUGAAGCACGUUCAUCCCCUGGAGGAGGGUUCUGUAAGAGGGAGAUGAGUAGGAAGAUCACCGAGGCGAUGGAGAUGGAUGAAUGGUUGAGAGUGGUCAUGAUAGAUAAGCACCGGGCCGUCGACAUGCUCGAGACGGCGAUCGGAACCUACCGGAAGCUCUUAGCUUUGCUUCUCAGGGAGGCCAAGAGAGGCAUCAACGAAGAAGAUGCUACGGACGUGUACCAUUCUACAUCUGUAUGA